GCAGGGGCUUCGGCUCGCUCAAGAAGAUGUCUAACUAAGAGCUGCAUAUUUUUUGCCAACAUUCACUGGAUUUGCUCUCUAUCAAUUAAUUUUCCUACUAACCAAAUUACCAAAAGAAGGUGGACUGUUCAGAAUGCAUUGAAAAUGCACGAGGCAUGAUCCUUCUAGACAUGAAUGGUAUAUGUGGCCACGUGUGGUAAUGGAAGGAGUCUCUAACUGAUAAAACAAUUAUAUGUACGUCAGGGAUGCAGGCUCCCCGGCUGUCCUAUAAAUACCCGGAGAACUAACAAACUUAGAUGCACCAAGCAAGACUGUCCUCAAGCACAAGUCUUAAAAUAUCUGUCUAUUACCGAUCCGUUCCACAAAUUGCCUUCUAUCCUACUCCAUAUAACAUCCUUCCCAGCUCAUCCAAAGAUGACUCUUGGUACUCUUGUUAUCAUGGUGACUUUGCUGGUGUAUUUUGUCUUGAAGAAUAAAAGAGUGCUAUUGUCCCAGCAGCAACGGGGGCGACGAGGCAGGCUGCCCCCAGGGCCUGCCACGCUGCCCAUCAUCGGUAACAUGCACCAGCUGAUUCUGAACAAGCCAGCGGUAUUCCGGUGGAUCCAUGGCCUGCUCAAGGAGAUGAACACAGACAUCAUGUGCCUCCGUCUUGGGGCUACUCAUGUCAUUGUUGUCGCAUGCCCACAGAUAGCCUGUGAGGUACUGCGAAAAAAAGAUGAAGUUUUCGCCUCCCGUCCCACCACCUUCGCCUCAGGCUUAUUCAGCUUCGGGUACAAGGGCUCCAUCUUCUCACCACACGGAGAGCAGUGGAAGAAGAUGAGGCGUGUCCUCACUGUUGAGAUCCUCGCCUCGUCCAUGGAGCGAAAGCUCUACCACCUCAGGAAAGAGGAGUACGACCACCUUGUGAGGUACAUUAAUAAAACUUAUUGCAGCGACAUGGCAUGUCCAGGCAACAUUGUCAACGUCCGUCAUGUAACCCAACACUUCGUUGGUAACAUGAUAAGAAGGCUUGUGUUCGGUAAAAGAUACUUCAGUGACCUACCAGCUUCAUCCACUAGUGGGCCUGGACAUGAUGAGGUGGCACAUGUUGCCACUCUCUUCACGGCCCUCAACCAUCUCUACAGCUUUUGCGUGUCCGACUACUUCCCAGCCCUUAUAGGCCUUGACAUGGAUGGCCAAGAAAAGGUUUCGAAGGAUGCCAUGCAAACACUCAACCGGUUGCAUGAUCCCAUUAUAGAGGAGCGGAUCCACGAAAGGUCAUCCACUCUUGAGAAAUGUGGUGAAAAGAAAGAGGCGAGAGACUUUUUGGACGUCCUAGUUCAUCUAAAAGAUGCAGAGGGACAACCAUUGCUGUCCCUACAAGAAAUUAGAGCACAAACAGCGGAAAUGAUGUUUGCAGCAGUCGAUAACCCAUCUAAUGCGGUUGAGUGGGCACUUGCUGAGAUGAUGAACGUGCCAGAGAUCAUGCAAAAAGCAACUGAGGAACUCGACACCGUUGUCGGUAAAGACAGACUAGUCGAAGAGUCUGACAUUCCUCGGCUAAACUAUCUCAAAUCGUGCAUCCGGGAGGCCUUCCGCAUACACCCAUACCAUGCUCUUAAUGUACCCCAUGUCGCCAUGGCGGACACAACUGUUGCUGGCUACACAAUCCCCAAGGAUAGCCACAUACUUUUAAGCCGGCUUGGACUUGGCCGCAAUCCCAAGAUCUGGACUGAACCAUUGGAGUUUCAACCUGAGAGGCAUUUGAACACUGCGAAUGUACUUCUCACUGAUCCAGGCCUACGUUUCAUUUCAUUUAGCAGUGGGAGGAGGGGUUGUCCUGGGAUGUCACUUGGUACCUCUAUGACAAUGAUGUUGUUUGCAAGGAUGUUGCAGGGAUUCACUUGGACAAAGCUUCCCGGCGUUAAGAGUAUCAGUCUCCAAGAACGCAAUGCGGGCCUUGCACUAGCUAAACCCCUUGUUCUGCAAGCUACACCACGUUUGGCUGCACAUCUCUAUAUAUAUGAUCCAGCUAAAAAGAUUUAAUACGCGUUUUCUCAUUUAUGUAUCAAUAAAAUGUAUCUGGAACUAGUGUGUGUUACAUGU